AUGGUGGAUGCAGUAGUCUCAUAUGUGGUUAAAAGGCUUGGAGACUAUCUAAUCCAAGAAGCAGCCUUCUUCCGAGGGAUAAGAAGUGAAGUGGAGUCACUGCAAAAAGAUCUGGAAUGGAUGAAUUGUUUCUUAAAGGAUGCUGAAGAGAAACAAGUUGACAACCCUUUGAUACGCCAGUGGGUAUCUGACAUCCGAGAUAUUGCUUUUGAUUGUGAGGAUGUCUUAGAUGAAUUUAUGAUCAAAGUCCGAGAUGAAGAGAUAGCUUCGGAUAUCGUAAAAGGUGGAGAAGGACAGUCUUCAAAAAGAAAGCGAGGACUCUUACCUACCUUCAAGAAAUCGGUUGCUAAAUCUUCUCGCAAGGGCAAGGAGAAGGUGACUGUGUACAACAUAGGCAAGGAGAUUGAAACUUUGAAGAAGAAACUCAGUGUCGUCUCUCAAAGACGUCAGGAGUACGGUCUUGAAAAUAUCAAUGUCAAGAGGGAAGGAGAGAGCCCUGCUUUUUGCAGAUUGAAACAACUGAGAAAAACCAACUCCUUUUCAUUUGAAGAGAAUGUUGUUGGCUAUAAGGAUGAGACCGGGGAAUUGUUGGGUAAACUACUUGACGAUGAGCCAAGGCGAUAUGUGAUCUCUAUUUGGGGCACUGGUGGUUUGGGAAAGACAACUCUUGCUGGAAAACUUUACAACAACAGUGCAAUCAUACAAAAAUUUAGUUGUAGUGCUUGGGUUUCUGUAUCUCAAGAUUACAACACUCAAGAUCUUCUUGGAAGAAUUAUAAAGUCUUUCAAUUCCGGAAAUACACCGGAGAAGUUUGAGAGGAUGAGUCAAGAUGAUAUGGAGAGGCAUCUUCAUAAGUCUUUGCAAGGAUGCAGAUAUUUGGUGGUAGUUGAUGAUGUAUGGCACAAAGAAGCAUGGGCAAGCCUCAAAAGAGCUUUUCCAGACAACAAGAAUGGAAGCAGAGUAAUUAUUACCACUCGCAUCAAAGAUGUUGCUGAACGUUCAGAUCAAAGAACUCAUAUACAUGAACUUCGAUUUUUAAACCAAGAGGAGAGUUGGCAGCUAUUCUGUGAGAAGGCUUUUUGCAAUUUCAAUAUAGAUGAAGGAUUGGAGAAGUUGGGAAGAGAAAUGGUAGAAAAAUGUGGCGGUCUACCACUUGCCAUUGUUGUGUUAGGCAGUUUACUGUCAACAAAGAAGCCACAAGCAUGGAAUUUGGUACGCGAUAAUAUUUGGCGGCAUUUAAGAAAUGAUUCCAUUCAGAUAACACAGUUAUUGGCUUUAAGCUUCAAUGAUUUACCUUAUCAAUUGAAGUUGUGUUUUCUCUACUUAAGUAAUUUUCCAGAAGACUUCGAAAUCAACACAGAGAAACUAAUUCACUUGUGGGUGGCUGAGGGUUACAUACCGCAUGAUGAAGAAAUAAUGGAAGAUGUGGCUCACAAUUACUUGAACGAGUUGAUUAACAGGAGCCUUAUUCAGAAAGGAGAAAUUCGGUUUGGGAUGGUUGGAACAUGUAGAGUCCAUGAUCUUUUGCGGGAUUUAGCCAUUCAAAAGGCAAAAGAACUCAAUCUUGUUCAAAUUUAUGACGAAAUCAGAAACUCAGCUCAUUCUUCAAAGGUAUCAUGUCGACGACUAGCUAUCUAUUCUGGGAAGAACGGAACCUCGUGCCUUCAACACUGUAAUCCGCUCUUGCGUUCUCUUUUGAUCUUUGAUCUUUGUGGAGAGCUUCCUACGUAUGAGCAAUUCAUACCGACUCUGUGUACAAGAUUCAGGUUCUUAAGAGUGCUCGAGUUUGAACAUCGCAGCCUUUCACAAAGAUGCUCCUUACCCAAAGAUAUAGAUAAGUUGAUUCACUUGAAGUAUUUGAGAUUCGAGGGUGCUUUAAAAAUUCCGAAAUCGAUUCUCAACUUGUCGAAUCUAGAAACUCUGCACUGUCACUGGGGAUUGCUUCCUGAUUGUAAUUCUCUACCAACAGAAAUUUGGAAGCUGAAAAGUUUGAGACAUCUAAUUGGACGCCUUGUUGUGCCAUUGCGGAUAGACAAUAUGACAAACCUUCAGACUUUGAAGAAUGUACGGGAUAACACUUGGACUAAAACAAAUCCUGAAACAUUGGUUAAUCUUCGAGAGCUACACCUAUCUGUGUGCUAUGAAAGAGGGAAGUUCACUUUCGAUUCUAUUGCCAAACUGAAAAGUAUUCAAAUUUUAACGGUCUCCUUAUUAAAUGUUCAAUUUUUUCCUACAUUGCAACCACUCUCUCAUUGUCGAUAUCUCCGACACUUGAUAUUAAAUGGGAAGAUGGAGAAACUACCAGGAGAAAUGCAUGUAUUUUUGCCAAAUGUAGAAAGCCUAUUGUUAAAUAUCUCCCAACUCGUAGAUGACCCGAUGCCAAUAUUGGAGAAGAUGUUGAACCUCACAGAACUUGAAUUAGGCCGCUUUUGUUACAGUGGAAAAAAGAUGGUGUGCACGGCAAAGGGUUUUCCCCGGCUUGAGAUUUUGACACUUCAUACGAAAGAUUUAGAGGAGUGGCAGAUAGAGGAAGGAGCUCUGCCUGUGCUUAGAGGUUUGAAGAUGGAAAAGCAUAGCCAAUUAAAACUUCCAGAAAGAUUGAAAUCAGUCCUUCUCCCUUUGAGGUGA